UUUCCUCCCAUUCACCAAAAACCAAUGGCCUCCUUAUCCCUUCAACUCUCCUCCCUCCACCACACCUCCACCAUCCCUCUUGUCCUACGCGCCACCCCUCGUUACAUACGCACCCCAACCCAGAAACCAUUCUCCAUCAGGUCCCAAUCCGCCCCAGUCCUUUCCCAAGAUGAUCUCAAAAAACUUGCAGCUGACAAAGCAGUUGAGUCAGUCAAGUCAGGCAUGAUCCUAGGCCUAGGAACAGGCUCAACAGCAGCUUUUGUAGUUGACAAACUUGGACAACUCCUUACCACAGGUCAACUUUCUAACAUCAUAGGAAUCCCAACCUCAAAAAGAACACAAGAACAAGCUGCAUCACUUAACAUCCCCUUAUCUACCCUUGACAUGCAUCCCCACAUUGACCUUGCUAUUGAUGGUGCUGAUGAAGUUGAUCCUAACCUUGACUUAGUUAAAGGCCGAGGUGGUGCACUUUUGCGUGAAAAAAUGGUUGAAGCAGCUUCAUCUUCCUUCAUUGUAGUAGCUGAUGAUAGUAAGCUUGUUUCAGGGCUUGGGGGAAGUGGUUUAGCUAUGCCUGUUGAAGUUGUGCAGUUUUGUUGGAAAUAUAAUUUAGUUAGACUUGAAGGGUUGUUUAAAGAGUUGGGUUGUGAAGCAAAGUUGAGGUUAGUAGGGGAUGGUAGUGAAAAACCAUAUGUAACUGACAAUGGGAAUUAUAUUGUGGAUUUGUUUUUUAAGAAUCCAAUAAAAGAUGGGUUUGGAGCUGGGAAAGAGAUUUCUGCCUUGGAAGGUGUUGUGGAACAUGGGUUGUUUCUAGGUAUGGCAACCUCUGUUAUUAUUGCUGGGAAGAGCGGUGUGGAGGUUAUGACUAAGUAAUAAAGAAAGUGUGUCUGUGAGAAAGAGAGAGGUGAGUUGGAAGUUUGAUGUUUGAGGGGAUUUUAAUUACUGUGUGGGGUGAUUUGUUGCAAAAUUUUUGGAUUUUGAUGCUUGUAGAGUAACUGUAGAAUGUGCAAUAAUUGGGGAUUUUGGAAAUGAAAUUGAAUUGAUCAAUGAUUAUGCAGUUUUAUUAUUCUUCUUAUUGUCUAUUUUAGUUUCCAUGUUAGAUUGUAGUUGUUUCUGACAAUCUUCAGUUAUGGUUUUUUUUAUGGCAUCAUUAUGUUGUUUGUUAUUUGAUGUUUGAGGUACUUUGAUGGUAUAAUUUGUUGCCAAAUUUUGGAUUUUGAUAAUGUGUAGAUUAAUUGUGGAAUGUGGAAUAAUUAGCAUUUGGAAAUGACCUUAAUUGCUUAAUGCUUGUAUUGUUAUGUGGUUUCUGGAAUGGCAUAAAUUGGUUUUCAUGUUAAAUUGUGGUCAUUUAUUUCUGAAUUUAUUAUGAAUAUCAGUAAUGAAACAUUGAAUAUGAGCCCAGGAGCAUAUGACAGGACAUUUUCAGAAUGAAUUUGUUACAAUUGCCCCAGAUUUGUUGGUGUCUACCUUUCCAUCAUGUCAUCAUCUAAGAUUAUAGAAAUGAAAACAUGGUGAAUCUUUAAAUUAAGAAGCCUGACUUGGUUGUCUUAAAUACUGUGUUUCAAGGCUGUAAGAAGUUCUUUGGUAUCUGCUGUUGUGUAGGAAAUGUGGCCAUCUACUCAUUGUUUGCAAGUUUUGCUUAACUGUUUUGUUUAUCAAUGCUUUGGUUCAUUAGCUGAGAAGAUUGAACAAUCAAGGUAAAGGCAUCUUGAAUUGAUGAGGCCAAAAUCUCUGACAGUGGCGUUAGUAGCCAUACAGUAAUAUAAAGUCAAAAUGUCACAUGUUCUUUAGGAAUUAGGGUCUUAGAUCAGUAAAACAUUAAGGGUUCCUCAUAUAAGCUACUGGUAUAUGUCCGAUGAGAGUAAGGGUAGUCAUUAUUUAUGGACAAUGGAGAUCGACGAGAUGGGGGACCUGAAAGGUCAAGGUGGAAUCUUUUGCUAGACAAACUUCGAUCCUAGUGUAUCUUAUGUCAUUUUUCUUCUCUUUUUCAGGAGACAUUGAAUGAUGGAUGAAAUAGAGAUAGUGUUAUGUGACUUAGUCUGAACUCAGAAUCAGUUGAAAAUGUGAACUCUGAGGCUUUACAAGCAACUUUUAUGAUGCUUUGAAGUUUAUGUAACUGUUCUUGUCAUUUCUUCAACUGCAGCUUCCUUUUGUUUUGACUGGAAAACUUCAGGAGCAUUGAUAUUUGUUUCAUGGUUCAUUCUAAACAUAUGUCUGGUAAAAUUUGAUGUGCAAACCAGCAUAUAAUUGAAGUUCUGUGAGAAUUGGGGAUUGUUAGAAUAGGAGAUACAACCUUGAUUAAGUUUCUCAAUAUUGCUCAAGGAUUUUCUUUUUUUUUAAACGUCAAAGAUGCUUAUUAAAUGGUUUGAACUGUUCAGUUUUUUUCUUACAAAUGAGGUUGUAGCCUGGAACUAGAAAAAAGGAUUGUAAGUGCUGAAAUUUGAAUCUCAAACUUGUUGGAUGCCACCUUUUAAGGGUGGCUGCACGAACCAAUUGAGCUAAAUUCCGAGUUCUUGAACUAAUCAAUUUCCUUGUGCCUACAUCCACUUUAGUUAAGCCAUUGACAUAUAGUUUAUUUAAUUAAGAAUGCAAGUAUUGGCUUUCAAAGAUGGCUGUGGGACAAAAUGAUAUAUCAGUAUCUUGUUGUAAAGUAUGGAAUGAGACAACUAGAAAUUUAGAUGGCAAUGGGAUUUAGUUUUCCCCUCUCCAGUUACUGGGGCAUAGUUAAGCCUAAAGUUGAGAUUACUUAACAGGGAUCACAUCUAGCUCAGAAUCAGUUACAUAUGCUCAGCGUAUUUGCACCAUGUUGUAGUUUUAGUCGUGCCAUUAUUGUUCUUAGCUUGAGUUCCAAGAGAGAAAAAAACAAGUUUGGGAUAUGGGAUGGGUCGUACAGGGUUAAUUUUUGAUUGGGGAUAGAACAUUGGUGCUUGAGACAAACUAGUUUAUUGACAAAUAACAAAAAAAUAAUAGGAAUGCCACCAGUGGUGUGACUCUUGGCAGAAUAAUCAAAUCAAUAAUGCGUCAAAUAUCUGAGUAUAAUCGACUCUAGUACGAUGAUAGUAAAGCCUGGUGAGCUGAGGGAAUGAUUUAUUUCACAUAUCCUACUUCCAUUGAACCAUAGCCAUGGAUAUCAUCAAAACAGCCGCCCAAUGAAGCUUCCCUGGCAGGAAUUUUCUAGCUGAAAAACAAGAUACAGAGCAAGAAGUUGAAACAGAACUCAUGUCAUCGAUUGGUUUUAGUUUAAUUUGUGUAUACACGAAAUUAUCAUCUUCAUUCACGAGGCUUUUUUGUUUGUUUGUUGAAGUAAUCAAGUGAUGAAGGAGGAAAGCUAUGUUGUAGAUAUCAAUUUUCAUAACUUUUUCCAUAUAUUU